UUGGAUACGGAACUACAGAGGAUGAUCAAAGUUUCCUUUGACAGGUGACAGUUGAAGCUUACAAAACCUGGAAUAAAUUUAAAACAUUUAUUGUGCAGUGCAAGGCUUUGCCGUGACACUCUAGAAGUUAAUAUCCUCGUUUAAACCGAAAUACAAGAGAAGAUUUUGGCGGUGCAGAACCCGAAUCAUGGGUAAUCCGAACAGCAAAAGGAUGACGUUCUUUAUGGUCUUGAAUGCUGUCAUUAUCAUUAGCUUCAUAUACCUCUCUUUCUCGACGAAAGAUAUACUGCCCCAGAAACAGUUGCAUUCGGUUGGAACCAUUCCGAUGAGCCGCAGGAUCAAGCAUAAUAACAAACGGAAUGGAUUGAUAAGAAAGGAAGGAAAUUAUCCUUCCUCAGAAACAAGCAAACAGCUGGAGGUGAAAAGAGCUAGUUUACUGCAUAGCAAUAUUGAAGCCGCUCCAUCUUUUUUGGCUUAUUCCACUCAACAGCCAAAGUCGUCGAAGUCUCUAAUGAAGAGCCAACAGAAUACCAUGCUAAGCUCCAUUAAUGGCAGUAGCAGCGUACUCGAAACAUCAAGUGAGAUCCCCGCAUUACCUUUACUUAUCCCGGUGCUUACAAGGACAGUUUAUGAACCCGGCCAUCUAAACGAAGAGCUUGAUAUUAAGAGGAUAUGUAUGGACAGGGGGCUAUUUCUGAGGUUGCUCGUUCUGAUAACCUCAGCACAGGGCCACUUUAUGGCGAGAAUGUCCAUCCGACAGACCUGGAUGCACUAUGCAAGCAGACGAGAUGUGGGCAUGGCCUUUGUCCUUGGCCGGACUACAAAUGCGACCCUAAACGAGUCUAUCAAUCAGGAGAAUUAUAUGUAUGGCGAUAUGAUACGUGGAAACUUCAUAGACUCAUACUUCAAUCUCACUCUAAAGACGUUAUCGAUGCUUGAAUGGGCAGACAAGCACUGUCCAUUGGUGAAGUACAUCCUCAAGACAGAUGACGAUAUGUUCGUCAAUGUUCCUAGACUUCUCGACUUCAUAGAUGGGCACAAGGAUACACGUACGAUCUAUGGUCGCUUGGCCAGACGGUGGAAACCUGUCCGCAGUAGCAAGUCCAAGUAUUUUGUUUCAUACAAACUAUAUAGUGGCCUGCAGUAUCCAACGUUUACCACCGGACCCGCCUACCUACUCACUGGAGACAUUGUACCUGAGCUAUAUACGAAAUCGCUUAACACGUUUUACAUGCAACUGGAGGAUGUCUUCAUCACGGGCAUUGUGUCCAAGAGCUUGGAGAUUAAGAGGCUGCAUGCCACAGAAUUUCGCAACAGUCGCACCUCUUUUCUUCCGUGCAACAUACGCAAAGCGAUCAGCGUGCACAUGAUCAAGCCAAGCGAACAAUACAAUCUUUGGAAGAGCCUUUUGGACUCGAGUAUCAAGUGUAAAUAAUUGUGUGUUGUCAAAUGUUGAAAAAACUGAAACUUCAAACACUAACCAAAUAGUAUAUAUUUAUAUAUUGUGACGACGCACAAUUUUGUAGUAUGUAAGUAGUUAUAAUUGGUAGAUAUAUAAGUUCUAUUAUAAGGGAGAAAUUAUGAAGUAAUCAUUUAAGUUCGCGGCCCACAGUAGCCAACAGCAGCAGAUCAGAGCAAAGAGAACGGCGACGCGAACCAACAGCAGCAGAGCCAAAGAGAACGGCGUGUGCCUUCCUCCGAAACGGGUGCUGUCUAGGUACUACCAGGGGCGCUCGCGUCGGAGCAGACAGGGGCGGCUACACUGCCAGAAGGCGCCUCCGCUAACCUCGGUGGUCGCCCACCGUUGGAGGCUCCGCUGGGCUGGUCGCAGGUCACUACCGCGCCACACCGCGGGCUCUCAAAUGGCGCGUGCCUGUCUCCGAAACGGGUGUUGCCUAGGUACUACCAGGGGCGCUCGCGUCGGAGCAGACAAGGGCGGCUACACUGCCAGAAGGCGUCUCCACUAACCACUGGAUGACCGGUGUCAAUCAGGUUCCCUUUCCGCCCCAUACGCCCACCUUUCCACACACAAGGCGUCUCUAUUUCCGCAAUCUCGGGUCCCGGCACUUUACAAAUUUCUUUGUAAGGUGGCUCUGGAGAGGCUGAGCUACCUCAGGCUUCGAAAAGACUACCUUACAAUAUAUAUUUGGUAUACUAUUUGGUUAGUGCUUCAACUGAAGGAAUUUGGUUUUUACUUACGUACGUCUACAUUAAAUACACAUAUAUAAUACAUUCGUUUUAAUUUAA